GGCCCCCCUCCCCCUCGGAUGUGGCUCGAGCUGAAGGCGCGCAGGGCCGGAGACGCUGCAGACGCGAGACCCGGAGCACCUCCGAGGCGGUGAAUAGCUCUUCAAGUCUGCAAUAAAAAAUGGCCUCCAAUAAAACUACAUUGAUUGCACAUCUAAAUGAAAUAUCCUGGGAAACAUCGAAAUGAAAUAUAAAGCCUUGCUGCAAAAGAUGGGAAAGAAACAGAAUGGGAAAAGUAAAAAAGUUGAAGAGGCAGAGCCUGAAGAAUUUGUGGUGGAAAAAGUACUGGACCGACGUGUGGUGAAUGGGAAGGUGGAGUAUUUCCUGAAGUGGAAGGGAUUCACAGAUGCUGAUAAUACUUGGGAACCUGAAGAAAAUUUAGAUUGUCCAGAGUUAAUUGAAGCAUUUCUUAAUUCUCAAAAAGCUGGUAAAGAAAAAGAUGGUACAAAAAGAAAGUCUUUAUCUGACAGUGAGUCUGAAGACAGCAAAUCAAAGAAGAAAAGAGAUGCUGCUGAUAAACCAAGAGGCUUUGCCAGAGGUCUUGAUCCUGAACGAAUAAUUGGUGCCACAGAUAGCAGUGGAGAAUUAAUGUUUCUCAUGAAAUGGAAAGAUUCAGAUGAGGCAGAUUUGGUGCUGGCAAAAGAGGCAAAUAUGAAGUGUCCUCAAAUUGUAAUUGCUUUUUAUGAAGAGAGACUAACUUGGCAUUCUUGUCCAGAAGACGAAGCCCAAUAAUUAUUUGCAUUGCUUUUUAUAUAUAUUUAUAUAUAUAUAUAAAAUCUCAGUCUUGGUUUUUUUGAUUUAUUAGCGUGAAGAAAUAACAUUCUAAUGAAAAUCAAGUUUGAUAUGUUUGUUUUGAAGUAGUAUUGGGGGACUCGUUGGGGGGGUCGUUUUGCAUCUAUAGCACUGGUUACUUUGAACAGAAGCUUUCUGUAGUUGCUUCGUUUAUCAGAAAAGAACAUUUGAUGCCAUGGUAUAUUUUUUCCUCUGCGUUAAAUAACAGCUUUUCUAAAUGUUGGGGGAAAUCUCCACUGUCAUUACUCAGUCAGAAUUUGUGUUUAACUCAUACAUGCCUAAGGAUCAUUCUGGGGUUUUUUGUUUAUUUAGGGGGUUGGGGAUGUGUAUACAUAGAAAUGGUUUUCUUUCUUUUUUUAACAUUUACUACAAUAAAAAGCAUUUCACGACCAUGGAUGAGCCCAAGUUUCUGGGACGCCAUCGUUUACAGCAACCUUAGAAACACUUCAAGUGAAAUUGAAAUUUUUCCUGAAGCUUUAACCUUUGAAAUUACAUAGAUAAUUUGUAACUAAUUGGGCAAUUCAAAUGAAAUGUAAGCAGUUAAAAUUAGAUGAUUUAAAAGAAGCCAUAUCAGACUUCAUAUCUACAGUCAUAUAAACGCAAGUUUAUUUGCAAAAUCCCUUAAAGGAAAAUUUUAUCACUACCAACAACCAUCCCAUCCAAAUGAGAAAACUAGGCAAAUCCUGGUGUGUUUUAAGUAGGCGAGCAAGACUUCCUCCUUUACAAGAAGUUGAAAUCCUUUUGCUGUAUUGACUAAAGGGUCAGUAUUCAUGGAAUGUGUAAGACUUCGUUCAUGGAACGAAGGUUAGAGACUUGGCAGUUUAGGACCUGCUGGAAUAAAUGGGUGAACCAAUUUUUAUGAUCCAAGCUCUUUUUGACCUGCAUGUUUUUUCUUAAUCCCAGCUCAUUCCUUACUUGUAGGCUUAAUCUAAGUAUUUGGAUUACUGGUGCAGCAGAAGCCAGGAAAAACAAUAACUGUAGUAAUCAGAAUGGUAUUCAGCUGUAUAUUGUUUACUUUAUUGUAAAUACUGGUAAACAGUGGUCAAUAAAUAGUUUUAUAUUCCUUUA